UACCAUUUUCUUAUAUUGAUUUGUGUUUUCUCCACGCGUGAGAUUCUGCAUCGUUGAGGGAUCUUGAUUUGACUUACAUGUAACAUACCUGGCCAGGUAAAAAUUCCAUCAGUGCAUCAGUGUGGCGCUGACUGAGGAGAGGGACAGACGUAGGGAGAGGAAGAGCGCGAGUGAGCGACAGAAAAGACAACAGGGGAAGAGAAAACACGUUCAUUUGUGUGCAAUAUAAGCGAGAGUGCCCGAAGAUUUUAGCACAUUUUCUCUCAUCUGGCAAUACUGUAUCGUUGGGCGAGGCAGAACACCACCCGGGGCACGAUGUCGACCGAGGAUGAGGAGGUGGGCUGGGUGCUGGAUGGGAUCCUCAAUUUGUUGCGGGGACCCGUGUGGUGUGUCCCCAUCCUCACCUUUAUAGAGCACAAGUCCGUCACAUUCGAACCAAAGUCAGAGGACAAAGAAGAGGAGGAGGCAGAAGAGGGAGAAGAAGAAGAAGAAGAGGAAGGAAAUGAGGAUCACAAAGGAAUCCACCAAGAGUAUAAGACACUAGUGGAUUUCUUGUUGCAGUCCUUCAUGGAUGACCUGCAAGUGACACCGGAGCAGCUGGAAAAGGCUUGCGGCAUGGCGGCCAUCACUACUCCCUUUCAAAGAAGCCUAUUGGAGCAAGUGUGGGCAGCGGAUGACUACCAUACCUUCCGCAACAUGAUGAUCCAGAAGAACAUUGAACUACAGUUGCAAGCCCUGGAAAUGCUGCAGCGCAAGUAUGGAAUUGUGCCGGAGAGUUACAAAAAGGAGGAGGACGAAGAGGAUGAAUCAGAAAAGAGAGAGAGGGAGAUAAUGGAGGAGGUGUACAGAAUCUCGGUGGAGGAGCACGAGGCCAUGGCUGAAGCAAUGGACCAGGAAAUGCGUGACCUUGAGGAAGCCAUUGCCAGGUCAACCCAGGAUGAGAGGGAAAGGCUGGACAGGGCCCUGAGACGCCCCAAGCGAGAGGAAGGAGAGGAACAAGAGGAGGAAGCAGAGGAGGAGGAGGAGGAGGAGGAGGAGGAGCCAAAGACAGAGGAGUUCUCAAGGAUGCCUGUGUUGCCUCCUAUAUCCAGCAAGGGUAGUGGCAUUGACCCUGAAGAUCUCAGGAGGCGGCAAGAGUACCUCAAAAGUCAGAGGGACAAGUUGUUGCAGAUGAAACAGAAAGAGAGAGAGAAACAGCUGCAGGACUUUGAGGAGAACGAUAAUAAGAGGCCACAGUCUGCCACGGCGGCAAGAAGGGCCCUGGACGGUGGCCUUGAUGCCAAGACCCUGGCGGUGCGGCGAGCCCUGGCUGAACGACUCAAGGCUGAGGUCAUCAAGGAGGUGUAAGAGAGAGAGAGAGAGAGAGAGAGAGAGAGAGAGAGAGAGAGAGAGAGAGAGAGAGAGAGAGAGAGAGAGAGGAAGGCAGUCGAUGUAUGUAUGAAUGAAUGAAUGAAGGAAGGAAGGAAGAAGGAAAAAUAAUAAUGAAUAAGAAUUUUUAUUGAUUUAUUUUACCAGGAUUUAUUCAUUCACUUAUUAUUGUUAUUUUUAGUAAACCUUAAGUUCCAUAAACAUGUUAAUUGUCAUAUAAGGAACAUGAAUGCAAGAAUACAAUAAAUAAAUAAAUAGAUAAAAACAUAUACUACCAUCAAGAAGAACCGAUAAUGAAUUUUACAUGUCUUGAAAUUAUGUUAUCAAACCAAUAUUUCAUUUUGCCCACAUUCACUUCUCAUGUCACUUCUUAAUGUUCGUAUAUUUUAUCCUCAGUAUAUUCCUAAGAAUGUGCAUAGACUGUUGAUAUAUUUGCAUGUAUUUUUUAUGUGAAAAUUAUACUGCAAUGUGCACAGAUUAUGGUUAUGAUAAUGAUGACAUACAUAAUGAUAAUUUAUUGUUUAUU